AUGGCGCCACCUAACGAGCCGAAGCCCACGCCCAACACGGCAUCGUCAUCGGCGUCGCCGUGCCUCUUCUCGCUGCGGGACGGCGAGCUCACCGUCGGCGGCGGUGGCAACGACGGCAGCAAGGCCGCCGCCGCGCUCCUCACGGGCGUGCCGGGGAACGUCACGCUCACCCCGUUCGCCGAGGCCUUCGACCCGACCACCAAGGCGGCGUCGGACGCGCCGGAGGAGCUGGCAAGGCAGGCCGCGUCGAACGCGCACCGCGGCGCGUUCCUGGGCUUCGCGCUGCCCGCGGCGGCGAGCCGCGCGCCGUGCAGCGUGGGGCGCCUGCCCGGCCCGCGGCGGUUCCUCAGCGUGUUCCGGUUCAAGACGUGCUGGAGCACGGCGUGGGCGGGGCGGCGCGGCCGGGACAGCCAGAUGGAGACGCAGUGGGUGCUCCUCGAGGUGCAAGAGCUCGCCGGCGCCGCCGGCGCGGGGUACGUGUUCGUUCUCCCACUCGUGCAGGGGAGCUUCCGGUCGGCCAUCUUCCCUGAGGAGGACGACGGCGUCGUCAUCUGCGCCGAGAGCGGGUCUGCCUCCGUGACGGCCACGGACUUCCACCGCAUCGCCUACGUGCACGCCGGCGACGACCCCUACAGGGUCAUGCAGGAAGCCUGA